UGUUGUGUGUGUUUAAUGAAAUUGAAACGGAGAAUGCUAUCUGCAUUCCGAUUAUACCAAUAUACUAGAAUUUAUCGCGCUCACGCUAACCCCUCCUCGGCUGCCGCAGGGCCCCGAUAAAUUUUGCGCUCCUCUUCGUUACUCGAAGCUUUUUUCCGUCCAUCUUGGGGAACGUAGAAUUUUUUGGAAUUCAUAAAAAAUCGGAGAGAACGCGCUUACUUGUUGAACCCUUGGUCCCGGCGAACCCAGAAAUGGAACAGAAGACGGAGUUGUCGAGUGGAGCACGGUAUCCUUAGUUCUGCAGUUGUUAGGAUUAAUUUAUCCCGUCGUACGUGAGGAGAAUCAGAAAUUUUCCGCGAGAGUAUUUCGUUACCGUUGCCCCACACUGCACGGUAUGGGUAACGCUGGAAAAUCGCGAGUAGAAAGUUGGUAGCAAGAAAUUAGCGGGUGGAAAAUAUACGACCAGAUGUACGUACGUAGACACGUAGGUAAGCGUAAGGUUUUUUCAGCGGUUGUCUCAAAUGCCAGGCGAGCGUCCCUCUUCGGAAUUAAUAGUCACGCGAAAAGGUGCGAUGUAAGAGAACUGGAAAACCAGACGAUUGCUCUCUUUAUUUUAGAACGGGGGAGACGGUCCUCCCAAAGGUGACGGGUGAAAUAAAAAUUCUCCGUUGGUUCGCGAAACGUAGAAAAAAAAAUAAAUAAAUACCGACCCUGUUUGUUUCGAUAAUUGCAGGCUGCGUGAUAUCGAGGGUCGUCGGAUCGCGCUGCGAAAUUAAUUAACCCUUUCAGAAAACAAGUGAUUACUCAUAUCGCUCCCAUUCACCUCCCCCCCCCCCCCAGGUGAAGAUCAACAAUUGACGAGGAGUUGGACAGUUUUUUUCCGUUUUUUUCUUUCAUGAUUUUGAAAUGAAGAAAGAAUCGUUCGCGACGACGCGACGACGGUGGUCCGAAGAAUAGACAAAUAUAAGGAGAGUUUAAAAAAUGAAGAUGGAAAAAUUGGAGGGAUUAAACGCGACGAUGUACUCGAGGUGGGACAUGAUCUACGUGCAGAUUCCCCUCUACUCUUUGAUAUUCCUCGCCGGAGUGGUGGGAAAUAUUUUGGUGAUACUGACGUUGGUCCAGCACCAGAGAAUGAGAACGGUGACGAACGUGUUCCUCCUGAAUCUGGCGGCGUCCGACAUAAUGCUCGGUGUACUUUGCAUGCCGUUUACCCUCGUCGGAGCCAUACUGAGGGAUUUUGUUUUCGGCGAGGUCAUGUGCAAGCUCGUUCCCUAUCUCCAGGCUUGCACGGUAUCCGUCUCCGCUUGGACCCUCGUGGCGAUUUCGGUGGAACGUUACUACGCCAUAUGUCAUCCGUUGCGGUCCCGUCGCUGGCAGACUCUAUCCCAUUCCUAUCGACUAAUAGCUGUGAUAUGGACCGGAAGUCUUCUUCUGAUGUCGCCGAUAGCGGUUCUCAGCGAACUCAAGCCAACGAGCAACGGACAUCACAAGUGCAGGGAGAACUGGCCCGGCCACGGGGAAUAUGAAAAGGCGUACAACUUGAUCCUCGACGCGGUGUUGCUCAUUUUUCCACUGGUCAUUCUGGUCACGACUUACACCCUCAUCACCAUCACCCUCCAGAGUAGCGUCGAUCCCGCCGUAGUCAGACAUUCAGCAAACGGAUCGGUGGUAUCCGAGGUGUACCUUGGCUCACGCGGUGACACCUUGACGCGUUGUUCCCUGAGGACUCUCGAGAGGACACCGUCUUCCAGACGCAGUCUGAGAUUGGUGACGAAGCCUUCUUUGAACGCUGUGAAGCCGUGGGACGAAACCGACCUGUCUCAGCACACGACUCGCGGUCGAUCGGCUCUACUGAAAAGGAAACGGAAACGACGGAUCGUCGAGAUGCUAUGCGUCGUUGUUCUUGAAUUCUUUUUAUUCUGGACUCCGCUGUACGUAAUUAAUACCGUCGCCCUCUUCAAUCCCGACGCUCUUUACGACGGUUUGACCCCGACCUGGAUAAGCUAUUUUCACCUUCUCGCCUUUUGUAGUUCGUGUUGCAACCCCAUAACGUACUGUUUCAUGAGCAGCGGUUUCCGGAAAAGCUUUUCCGGGCUUUUUGCCUGCUGCAGAGACUGCGGGUACAGAAGAUCCGGCGGAGGUAGAUACAGGGAACCUCCAUAGACCUUUAAACUUACGUGAAAUGGAGCGAGAUGACCUGCAACUGGCCCGUUCGUUCGAACGUGACAACGUAACAGUUAUGAGACAGAAAAAAAAAAAAAAAUUUCAACACAAUAUACAUAUAUAUUCCUUGUCGAUCGUUCAUCAAGCUGCUCUUAAUUAUUUCGGUUCACCGACGCCGUAGAUCUCGCUAUGCGAUCGUCGUUCUCAAUAACGUGAAUGAAUUAGGGUCACCUGAGAAAUUCAUAGGGGAAAUACGUUAGCGGAGAGAUCAAUCGUUAUCGUUCCGCAGCGCCGCAGGAUAACCGAUGAAAAUUUGUGUUACGACGAGCUUUAUAACCCAUUGACACUCAACCGCAUAAUAAAAUGGUCGUUCGCGUUGAUUGCCGUAAUUAUUUGAACGCAUCAAAUUUAGGGACGCGUAUACAAUACGGUCGCGAAAUUGAGCGUGAAGAUAUUUGCGAACGAUUACAUAUAGCAUUGAAGAGAAUUUCAAUCGUACACGUCGAAAAUAUGUGUUUUG